UUUAAAAAAACAAAAAAACAAAAAACAGAAGAACGAACGUUAAGUGCAUUCGAUCAAAGAAAUAUUAGGUUACCAUGAAUAUGUUGACGCAAUUAGUGAAAGUAAGCCUCCAGAAUCAAUGCAAAAGGAAUUUUUUAGCAAGACAACCUAGUCUAUGCAAUAAUUUGCAAAAUAAAUUGCUUCAAAGCAAUAGAAAAGCAUCGUCGAAAAAUAAAACUGUAGAUGAUGAGAAUUUAGAUGAACCUAUCAAGUAUUCAACGUCGAAAGCAGCAACUUGGCUUGCUGCUGAAACGCGUUCUCCUAUGAUGGAUAGACAUCCGCAAGAAAGUAAUGUUAUAGUAAUUAGUCUAUCUAUUUUUUUCAUUUAUUUUUUUAUUUUACGAGAAGAGAAUGAUUUAGACUUACUUUUGGAAAAACCGUUAUCAGAGACUGUACCAGGAAUUAUCACGCCCAAUACACCUGACAGCUAAAUUCCAAGCUAAUGACCAAAUUGUAAAUACUAUCAAUUUAAUAAUAAAUAGUAGUUAAUUAUGUAA